UGUUAUCAUGGGACUGCUUUCAAGACUAAAAAAAGCAAUUGGUUUGGAGUGUGUACGAGAACCCUGUGUACACCCCAAAGACUCCCCCAUCAUGACGGAGAACCAUCAACCGGCGCCGGUUGGUGCUCUUGAGACCGAUGAAGGGAGAACGAGCUUCUGGAAGUGGGCCGCUCUUCACUUUCCUUCCCGCAGAAAGGGAACAUAUGACCUGGCCAAAGCCGAGGAGAAAUACGGGACAGAGGCGGAAACACAGUGGAGAGAUAGCGAUGAUCCAGCUCCUGAAGACCUCCUUGCUGCUGAGGAACAGCAGAAACACAGAGUCCUGGACAAGAACCAGAGUGAACUCUGUGUACAUCCCAAAGACGGCACCAUUACAUCAGAGAGCCGUCAUCCUCAUCUGUCUGUUAGUGCUGCUGAGAUUGAUGGAGGAAGAGAGGAGGAAGGGAGAGAGGAGGAGAAGAAGAAGAAGAAGAAGUUCUGGAAGUGGCCUGCUCUUCACUUUCCUUGCAGUGGAGCUGGAACAUAUGAUCUGGCCGAAGUGGAAGAGAAAUACUGGACAGAGGCGGGAACGCACUGGAGAGAUAGCGAUGUGUCCCAAAAACACUGCUGUAAUUAUCACACCAAACACUAUAAAAUCCAGCUCCUGAAGACCUCCUUGCUGCUGAGGAACAGCAGAAACACAGAGUCCUGGACAAGAACCAGAGUGAACUCUGUGUACAUCCCAAAGACGGCACCAUUACAUCAGAGAGCCGUCAUCCUCAUCUGUCUGUUAGUGCUGCUGAGAUUGAUGGAGGAAGAGAGGAGGAAGGGAGAGAGGAGGAGAAGAAGAAGAAGUUCUGGAAGUGGCCUGCUCUUCACUUUCCUUGCAGUGGAGCUGGAACAUAUGAUCUGGCCGAAGUGGAAGAGAAAUACUGGACAGAGGCGGGAACGCACUGGAGAGAUAGCGAUGACCAAAGUGUACACGAGCACUGCGUACAACCCAAAGACUCCCCCACAAGGUCUGAAGAGACGCCUGUUAGUGCUGUUGAGAACGAUGGAGGGAGAACCGAGGCAGGGAGAGAGGAAGUCCUCCUCACUUCUGAGGAACAGCUCGUGCAGGACAUCCUGGACAGGGGUAAGAAGAAGAAAUCUGUGA